UGGCGCACCGAAGUGACUUGUUAACGAGCGCGGCGAGCAGCGUGUUUGUGUUUGCACCCCGCAGUCAGUUGCCGGGACCGCACGUCGUAAAAUGAGGUUGCGAAGCAUCGUUUUGUUCGUUGCUGUCUGCUCUUUCACCGCUUAUUAUAUUUAUGAGCCCAUUCCCGAGGAGAUUGAGGAGAGAUGGAAACUCAUGCUGACCAACUCUUUCUUCAGAAGUCUCAGCCACCUGGCAGACCUCAGUGAAUUACUGGGGCUGAAGGACUACAUGGGGGUGAUGUACUUCAUUACUUUCGUUGAAAAGGUAGUGCCUGUGUCUGACGAGCAUGUCAAGGUGGCAGAGGAGAGGUUUGAUGGAGUGGAGGUGGUGCUGUACCAGCCAAAUCAGCGGGGCGGAGACAGUGAGCUCAGGAGAGCUGUCAUAUACCUGCACGGUGGAGGAUGGUGUCUGGGGAGUUCCAGGAUGAGUCCAUAUGAUCUCCUGGCCAGAAGAAUGGUCACUGAGCUAGAUGCAGUGGUUCUUUCUGUGGAGUACCGCCUUGCCCCUGCUCACCACUUCCCUGUCCCAUAUGAGGACGUGUACCGUGUGGUCAAACACUUCCUCCAGAAGGGGGUGCUGGCCCAGUACUCUGUGGAUCCAGGACGCAUUGCUGUGUCUGGGGACAGUGCUGGGGGUAACCUGGCAGCUGCCGUCUCCCAGCAGUUACAAAGAGAGCCUGGGCGGCAGGUUCAGUUGAAGGCCCAAGCACUCAUCUACCCUGUGCUGCAGGCUCUGGACCUUAACACUCCUUCCUAUCAGCAGAAUCAAGACAUGCCUAUUCUUCCUCGCACCCUCAUGGUGCGUUUCUGGAGUCAGUAUUUCACCAGCGACAAGGCCCUUUUCAGAGCCAUGAUGGCCAACACCCACAACAGCCCAGAGUCUUCAAGCCUGCUGAAGUUUGUCAACUGGAGCGCCUUUUUACCAGAAACAUAUCGUAGAAAAUACAACUACAGCGCUCCUGCUGUGGCGCAGGGAGUCGAAGGGGAGGCAGUUGGGAUGGAUGGACCAUCUCGAUCUUUCGCUGAUCCGAGGGCAUCGCCCCUGCUGGUUCCAGACACGGCCUUACACUCUCUGCCCAAGGCCUACAUUCUGACAUGUGAGUAUGACGUUCUCCGCGAUGACGGGAUCAUGUAUGUCACGCGACUCCGCGCUGCAGGUGUCGAGGUGACACAUGAACACUAUGACACAGGAUUUCAUGGAGGGCUGAUGUUCACUGUGUGGCCGACCGACUUCCUGAUUGCACGUCGCAUCACAGACAACUAUAUCAAAUGGCUCAAGGAAAACUUGUAAAAACUCCUGACUAUCAAUGUCCAUUCCAGUUUUUCCACACAAUGCACCACUGUUUGAUUAGGUGCAAUUUUUCCCAUCUGGUGUUCAACUUUUUGUUUGUCAAUUCUUUUUCUUUGCUAAUGCUAUUGUCUGUAAUAUAUUGAGAAAUAAAUGAACUUCUUCUUCUUUCCACUCAUACAUUUGACCACUUUCGAUAUCGGUAACACAGGAUUUUGAAGGAAUAAUUCGUAUUUUUUCAACUAAGGUUGUUUGAGUACAACCCAAAACAUAUGACACCAUCGCUCAAGUACAACAGAAGUAUUGGGUUUAUCAUCCAACAAACACAAUACUAGCCACAGAGAUCUGAGGGGGAAAAGCAAACUGUGGAAUAUCACCAAAAGUUGUGUGUUUGAUGGCGGUAGCUGGCCCUGUGUGGUGCUGCUCAUUCUUGUUUCCCACCAUUGGACCUGCUACCUGAUCUUAUUUCCAAUGCGUCAGUAUCAAUACUAUAACUUACUAAUGCAUGCCACUGGAAUCUGAACUAUCUCCUGGGGUUUUCAGAAUCCAAUAUAAGCCUUGGCAAAGUAGGAAAGGAUUUUCACAACAGCCAAAAAUGAUACUCAGUUUAGCCAAAGUUAACAUUUGUCACUUAGUACAGCUUAUACUGAAACCUAAGAUUGUUGUGAUGAGAGCAACUCCUGUGUUCCUGACAUUGCAUUAAAGGUUGGCAAGUGGAAUUCAGUUAAAUACAGCAACCGUGUUUUUCACAAGGAAAGAAUGAACCCUCAGUUGUGUAACCCAUACAAAUGUGCCACACCAGCAGAUGCUUGCUGGUAUGGUAAAUUAUUUACAUCGCAGAGUGAAUGGUGUCUUCAUCAGCACGACAUUCCACACAGAAUAUUGGUAUUUAUAAGUAAAGACCAUGCUGUAACAAUAUGCAUACAUCCAAACAUUCUUCACCCCAUACAUACACAAGUUUUUUUUGUGAUUGAGUUUAGCUAGGUGUGAUGUAGCAAUGUCAAAGAGAGGGAUAAUGCCAAGAAGAGAAUUCGGGCAACAAUAUGGAGCCUUAAUCUCUACAGCAUGCCACACAUCCCAGCAUAUCAAGGAUUCCCUAUAAUGAGAUAGGGAUGUUUGUGUGCGUGUGUGUGUCUGUGCGUGGUCUGACUCCUUCUUUGUUGAAGCAUGAUUUUAUUGUAGAGUGAGUAAAAAGCUUUACGUGUGGUAAUCCAAAAAGUGCAGUCAUAUGGGAAUAAGAAUAAUACUCACUGAAUCAUAAAUUUCACUGUAUGUUCACAAUAAAUAAGCUAGUAUAGCUUCCAGUAUAGACCUGCCUUUCCUUUGUGUCAUGAAUAUAAGCAACAACACAAAGGCUGCUUUGCUGCUGAUGAAGUUGUGAGCACAAGACCAAGUGCCAGUUUAAUGAUAACACUUGCAACAUGGAGGAAUGUCCAGACAGGAGGCUGGCACUAGACUAUCCACUUCUCUGGUCUAUGUGGCUAUGACGGUAGUGUGUUAGUUCUCAGUCAACUUUUUGUCUCAGAACCUCUGCUUUAACAGCAUUCAGAGGAAGAGAGGUUGCUGUUAUUUUUUUCCCCCGAGGCCCAACAAUAGUUUGAAGUGGUUUGAAACAAAUCGCUCGUCUCUCCCAAUUAUCUUUCUGUUCAUGUGUUCUAAAAGAUAACAGGGAGGUUAAAGGUUACCAAAAAAUAAUACUUUAUAUUAAUGUCUCAGUUCUUUAAUGUCACACUGUUCUUUCAACCUGCAAUGCAGGACACACAAAUGCAUAGAUACAAAUGAACGUCCAUUACAUUCAAGCCCUUGCCAAACAAGUUCAGACAAGCCUAUCACGGCAGGUAAAUCUCUUUGCAUUUUGCAGUAUGCUGGAGUUUUUAAGUGUGCGUCUGUGGGGACAUUCCUGCUCUGGCGCACAGGUAGUGAUGUGUUAUACGUCAAUUGGCAGUGAUUGGUUUGUCAGAGCUGACCGCUGCAAGGGAGUAGGCAACAGCAGCUAGGACCAUGGCGGAGGCUACAGCGUAUAGCCUCAUGUCUAAUUACCCUCAAUGCCAGAAAGGGGAAACAAAAGCUCGGCACUGCAGGAUUUUAGGUUUAACUGUUUAAAAAGAGUCACAGUUGCUACGAAACAGCUGACAGCCUCAGCUUUUA